GUCGGAUGGAUGCAGGUUGCUGUCAGAUGGAUGCAGGUUGUUGGAUGCAGGUUGCUGUCAGAUGGAUGUUGGUUGCUGUCAGAUGGAUGCAGGUUGCUGUCGGAUGGUUGCUGUCAGAUGGAUGCAGGUUGCUGUCAGAUGGAUGGAGGUUGCUGGUGGUUGGAUGCAGGUUGCUGUCAGAUGGUGACGAUGAUGGUUUGGGAUGGAUGCAGGUUGCUGUCAGAUGGAUGCAGGUUGCUGGUGGUUGGAUGCAGGUUGCUGUCAGAUGGAUGCAGGUUGCUGGUGGUUGCAUGCAGGUUGCUGUCAGAUGGUGACGAUGAUGGUUUGGGAUGGAUGAUGGUUGCUGUCAGAUGGAUGCAGGUUGCUGACGGAUGGAUGCAGGUUGCUGUCAGAUGGAUGCAGGUUGCUGGUGGUUGGAUGCAGGUUGCUGUCAGAUGGAUGCAGGUUGCUGGUGGUUGGAUGGAGGUUGCUGGUGGUUGGAUGCAGGUUGCUGUCAGAUGGAUGCAGGUUGCUGGUGGUUGGAUGCAGGUUGCUGUCAGAUGGAUGCAGGUUGCUGGUGGUUGGAUGCAGGUUGCUGGUGGUUGGAUGCAGGUUGCUGGUGGAUGGAUGCAGGUUGCUGUCAGAUGGAUGCAGGUUGCUGUCGGAUGGAUGCAGGUUGCUGUCGGAUGGAUGAUGGUUGCUGGUGGUUGGAUGCAGGUUGCUGGUGGAUGGAUGCAGGUUGCUGUCAGAUGGAUGCAGGUUGCUGGUGGUUGGAUGCAGGUUGCUGUCAGAUGGAUGCAGGUUGCUGUCAGAUGGAUGCAGGUUGCUGGUGGUUGGAUGCAGGUUGCUGUCAGAUGGAUGCAGGUUGCUGUCGGAUGGAUGAUGGUUGCUGUCGGAUGGAUGCAGGUUGCUGUCAGAUGGAUGCAGGUUGCUGUCAGAUGGAUGCAGGUUGCUGGUGGUUGGAUGCAGGUUGCUGUCAGAUGGUGACGAUGAUGGUUUGGGAUGGAUG